GGUGACGCAGCACUCGAAGCGUCAACAAGAUGUCUUCGACUGGUUGCUGGCUAUGGCUGCUACCUUUCGGUGUAGCGUUUGGUGCGGAGCAACGCAUCUUUUGGGUGGAUGACUUGAUCUCCCAGACGAAGGUGGAGUCCAAGCUGUGGAUGAUGACUGGAGAAGAUGCCUCGUUCGGCAACCGAAAGAUCCGCUAUGAUGACGAGGACUACUGCGUGGAAGCCUAUGGAACCGUAAAUCCCACCAUUUGCAAGCCGAGCUACCUCAUCAAUGGAUGGAACACCACAGAUGGAACCUCCCUGGCUGACCGAACGCAGCUCUCUGUGGCAUAUGAUCCGGCAGGUGAAGGGGAUGGUGAACAUGUGGUUGGGCCGGUGGUUGACAAAACAAACAACCGUGUCUACUACAUAACACCGACCUGUGCAGAUUCUUCCCGGCGCUUGGGUCGGAAAUUGGCGGUAUGGAAGGUCAAGUACUUGCUGGACAAUCAGAUCGUUCCAGAUGGGACUGUAGCAGAUCCAUUGCAAUGUGCCAACGAGUCGUAUGUCUUUGCGGUGAACCGCUAUGAUGUUGACACUGCAAAGUUCUCGUUGAUCUAUGUGGCCUCUCGAGCGACCUUUCCAGCGCCAGACAAGUGGACUGCAUUCAGCUGGAAAUUGGCCUUUGAUGAAUCCAAACAACGACUGUACUGGUGGUACUAUGCAGGAAGCUGCGCUGUUGCACGAACUUGUGAUGCGCCGUUGUACUACAUUGAUAUCGGCUCCCUAACAGACGAUGGUGACAUGCCAUCGCCCGUCUUGGCUGUCACGGUAACAGAUGGAUAUGGUCACGCAUAUUGGGACAUGACCAUCGAUGAUAACGGAAUGAUCUACUUGGUGGACUGGUGGAAGAUUCGCAAAUAUGAUCCCUCAACGAGUACUUUGUCAACGCUUCACACUGAAGACUACCUGAACACUGGCUGGCAGUUCUAUGGUGUCAGCCAUUGGACAGGCACAAACAAUCUUAUCAUCACGAAGACCAACACCGUGACUUCGAAGCUGUGGCUGUUUGAUGUGACCAGCUCCACAUGGACCGAAAUGUGGUCGGCUGUCCACUAUGAGUUUUCCAAUCUAGGCCAAACGAUGUACAACACAGCAGUGGAUGCGACUCACAACUUGCUCUACGUGGCAACCAGCGGUGGGAAUUCUGCUGGCAGAUCCAUCAUCGAGUUGCCGCUCACCAUCACUGGAGAAAGCAUGCCGUUCAAGGCUUGCCUACAAGGUUCUUAUUCUAUGGAUUGUCCUCUGUACGGCAAAGGAGAACGCCUUGUUGUUGGACAUAAGUCGGCAGCCUUCUCAGUGGCUGGUGAUGGCAAAGCCAGCAACUUUGCUGCUGGUACAGCAGACCGCUUUCCUGCUUGGGGCACCUCUCAGAUUGCUGUGUUGCCGGCCACUUCUCCAAACACCUACCCGACCAAGAACCCAUGUGCCUCCAAAGCGGCUGCCACAAUCGACAUCCUCAGCGCCAAACUGAAGGCAACGACGCGGACAAUGUGCGGAAGCCCACCCACCUCCACUGGCUUUGAUACCAGGCACAUCCUCUUUGCAGUCGAUGCAGGUGACAUCCAUCCAAAUUAUUUGCUCCGAGACUACACAUCCUUGGAGGGCCUUCGCACAUCAUCUGAUGGUAGCUUCGGAUACUCGUAUGUAGGCCAACGCCGCGCAUACGCCAAUUUCAUGGAUGUAGCCACUGGCGGUGGCAAUGACGGUGUGAUCCCUGGGCUCCACUCCGACUGGGGCUAUGGAAAUACCGUAAAGUUUGCGGUGGACUACAAACAUGGAUAUGUCUACUGGAUCUCCUGCGAGCGGGCAGCCCUUCCUCGCUCGUGCUCGGAAUAUGCAUUGAAACGAGUUUCCAUCAGCAAACUGGAAGAGGCUGCCAAGAUACCCGAUCCGAUUGACUGUUCCAGCACCAGCUGUCCGCAUUCGGGGCCAACGCAAGUCCUUGAUGACCGCCAGGCUGUGAUCAAAGCUGCCACUGAAGUGCUGUACACUCAAGCGACCCAACUCUUUCCAGGACCAGAUGACACUGUGACGCACCAGGUUAAGAUGGCGGUUGAUCAAGAGGCUGAGAUCAUCUAUUGGCUUGCCCCACAAAGCGCCAGUGGCUACAUCUCCUUGAUGUACUUGGACGUUGAGGGCUGGGACUCCUCAAAGCCAAAGUUCGAACCUUGCGACGUGGGAGAGGUGGCAGGACACUAUGCUUAUGGCUCCUGGUCAUCUUUGCAAGUUGCAUGCGAUGGAUCUGUCUGGAGCCACGAGGUGGAUGCCAUCAAAACCUUGGAUUUUACAAACGACGCUGUGGUGACUGAGUGCAAGAGCCAGGCGGCACAAUGGGCAGGCCUCGAUGCAGAUGCUCGACCUGGAUGGAAAGGUUGCUGGACGAGAGCAAUGACUCCAGGCUGUGGUGUCAGUGCAACUGGUUCCUGUGUGCUGAAGGCAAUGGCCUAUGACCCAAAACGAGAUGAAAUCUACUACGCCUUCCGUUCCAGCACCGUCAAGGAGAGCAUCAAUCGAUUCAAAAGAACUGACGGCUCGCAAGGCGUUGACAGCGACACGGCCGUCUAUUCCGGAGUGUUCUAUGAGUUUCCACCACGCGCAGACAAAGGAGCAGCCUUCAUAGCGGGCAUUGCGAUUGAUUCCCUGAAUGAAUUUAUCUAUGUGGCCAACUACUAUGGCAAUUCGGCGCAGCAAUCCUUGGUGAUGUUGCCCUUGCCCGAACAUUCAAAAUAUCCAGGAUCGAACCAGGCCGUGCACUCAGCCUAUUGGCCUAUGGACUUGGUGGAAGCCACUGAUGCACCCAUUGCCUGCCUGUAUGGCCACGAGUCUAUCCCUCACUCCUCUGGCUAUGAUAAUCGCAAGUGUGAAUAUACAGGUGAAAGACUGCAGUGGGCUUGGCAAUCGACGGGGAUGGACGUCAUUCUGCCUAAUCCAGAGGGCAUCAAAAGGUUCUACAUUACAGAGACCUCCAACAAUCUUGCGAUCCUACCUCCCAAACCAGAUGUGCUGGGCCGUGCGGAACCCUUCAACUGGACCCAGUUCUACAAGAUGAUUCCGCACGCUUCCAUUGGCAUGAGCAAGGUGAAUGGCUGGAAAUAUUUGAGCUUGCCCGUUGGCUCCACCGACUUGGGCAUGCAGCCAAGUUAUGGCUUCUGCGCGGAGCUUUGUUCCACCUUUUGGCGCAAUGGACGACAAAGGUGUAUCGGAUUUGAUUGGCGCAUGUCGCAGCAUGACUGUGAACACCUCCAGCGCAAUGGCAUGAUCCCCAGCUUCACCAAGAGUUGUGGAUACUCCAACAGUGGUCUCUCCUGCGUUUUCGCUCUCGUGGACCUUACGACCGAGGACGAUAAUUUCAAAGCAUGGCCCAACCCUUGUUUCACCAUGCCUGAGGCAGACACGGACGGCAACGCUUGGAUCAUUGGGAAGUCAGGCUAUGCGCCAGAAGCAGGUUGGCCCAGCUUCGUGAGAGAAGGCUACAGCAUGAGUGGAUCAAGAGCACUUCUCUUCUUGUUGAAGGACGAAUUGCUUCAAGACACUACUGAAGGACAAGCUUUGCGCGAUUUAUGGCGCUCAGGAGUUCCCAAUGCACGUUGGUAUGGAAGCACGGAUACAAAAAACACCGAGUACGCUGUCGGAGAUUCUGCGAAGAAUGGAAAGGCAAUCUAUCCUGGAGACCUCAAGGGAGUCAUCUUUAAGACAGUGACAACUCCGGACAGCACCAAUCCAAAUGCCAUGGCCACCGAAGCGGCGAGUUGCUUUUCAAAUGACAACGUCAUUGCCCUGACGACCUCAGGCUCUGCGACAAACUCUGGGACAGAGUCUGAGUCUGGCAGCAGCGCAGCUACCACCAGCACCGCAGCUACUACCAGCACGCCUGCCACUGGAUUGCCGGACGGCGGCAAGGACUUUGCUGCAUUCUCCUUUCAAUUCCGCUUCAGUUUCCUCGGUCUCAUCUUGCUGCUCUUGUAACAAAAGACAAGUUGCAGCACGUUGCAGCCAGGAAGGUCUGCCCCAAGUCGAGAGUCAGAAGAUCUAAG